AUGACGUGGAAGGAUAUUGCGCCUGUGCCUACGGCACAGGAAUUCAUCGACAUCGUUCUUUCACGGACACAACGGCGAUUGCCUACUCAGAUCCGCGCCGGUUUCAAGAUUAGCAGAAUUCGAGCCUUCUACACCCGAAAGGUCAAAUUCACACAGGAGACAUGCAGCGAGAAGCUCGGCCAGAUAGUAUCAAGCUUCCCUGUUCUCACGGAUCAGCACCCUUUCCACCGCGACCUGAUGAACAUCCUCUACGAUGCGGACCACUUCAAGGUUGCUCUCGGUCAGGUCUCGACGGCGAAGCACCUAAUUGAGACCAUCUCUCGCGACUACGUCCGUCUGCUGAAGUACUCGCAAAGUUUGUUCCAAUGCAAACAGCUGAAACGGGCAGCCUUGGGUCGUAUGGCAACACUCAUCAAGCGGUUAAAAGAUCCUCUUCAGUACCUCGACCAGGUGCGCCAGCACUUGGCUAGGUUGCCCGAUAUCAACCCAACCACACGCACUCUCCUAGUUGCUGGCUUUCCGAAUGUUGGGAAAAGCUCUUUCGUCCGAUCUGUGACCAGAGCUGAUACUCCGGUUGAGCCUUAUGCUUUUACAACGAAGAGUUUGUUCGUUGGUCACCUCGACUACAAAUAUCUUCGAUAUCAAGUAAUAGACACUCCGGGAAUCUUGGAUCACCCCUUAGAAGAGAUGAACACAAUUGAAAUGCAGAGUGUUACAGCGCUCGCGCAUCUCAGGGCCGCGGUGCUUUUCUUCAUCGAUAUCAGUGAGCAAUGUGGCUAUUCACUAAAAGCCCAGUGCAACCUCUUCAAGUCGAUCAAACCCCUCUUCGCGAACAAGAUGGUGUUUGUUGUGUUGAACAAGAUGGAUAUCAAGACUUUCGAGGAUUUGGAGCCAGAGAUGCAAGCUGAACUCCAAGAUUUGACAAAGUCAGGCGAGGUGGAGCUGCUGCGUGCUUCUUGCGCCACACAGGACGGCGUGCAGGAAGUCAAGAAUCAUGUCUGCGAGAGGCUACUCGCUGAGCGAGUCUCUCAGAAGCUCAAGGCCGGUACCGCGAGCAACGGAGCUAUGGGAUCUCGUCUCAGCGAGGUCAUGAACCGUAUCCACGUCGCUCAGCCAAUGGGCGGCGUCACCAGGGAGUACUUCAUUCCCGAAGCUGUUAAAACCCUCAAGAAGUACGACAAGAACGACCCCGAAAGGAGAACCUUGGCGAGGGACAUCGAAGAAGCCAAUGGCGGUGCAGGCGUUUUCAACGUCGAUUUAAGGAAAGAUUACAUUCUCGCCGACCCGUCAUGGAAGUAUGACAAGAUCCCUGAAAUCUAUGACGGCAAGAAUGUAUACGAUUACGUCGACCCCGACAUCGAUGCAAAGCUGCAGGCGCUAGAGGAGGAGGAGGAGAGGCUCGAAAAAGAAGGCUUCUACGAAUCCGACGAGGAUAUCGGCGACGAGUCCGAGGAGGAAAUCCUGCAAAAGGCCGAGUACAUCCGCGAAAAGCACAAGCUGAUUCGCAACGAGGCCAAGAUGCGCAAGUCGCUCAAGAACCGUGCCAUCAUUCCCCGCAAGGCCAUCAAGAAGCCCCUCUCCCAGCUUGAGGACCACCUCGACCAGCUGGGCGUCGACACGGAGGAGAUUGGCCUGCGCGGGCGCGCGCAAGCCAUGUCGCGCGGGAGGUCUGUCACUCGCAGCCGCGCCGGCACCGCCGAUCCGGACGCCAUGGACGUGGAUUCCACUUCUGGGGCCACUGCCAAGGAGCGCCUGCGGUCGCUCAGCCGGCCCCGCUCCCGCUCGGUCGCGGCCGUAAACCGCCGCGACGACGGCGUCCAGGACGAGACGGCCCGCUCAAAGGCCGAGAGGCAGGCCAAGCUCAGCCAGAGAAAGAUGAACCGUAUGGCCAGGCAGGGCGAGGCCGACAGGCACAUUGGUGCCUCCAUGCCCAAGCACUUGUUCUCGGGCAAGCGGACUAUUGGCAAGACAUCCCGUCGUUGA